AUGACGUCGCAAGCACCGCAUCCCUCAAUCCGCGCACCAGCCUCCGCUUUGCACAUCGAACUUCCCCCGAGUCCGCGUUCCCCGUCGUCCCGCCGCCGUUCCGCCCCCCGCCGGUCCCCCCUUGCGCCUCCGCAAGCCGCCCAGCCCUCCCUGUCGGACCCCGCGGAAGCUCUCGCGGAGGUUUUUGUGCGCUCCCCGCGACCCACCGCUCCGCCAGUACGCUCCCCCGCCGCGCCCGCGCGCAGAAAACCCUCUGCAUUUGGCCCUUCCGCCAAUACGCACCCUAACAGCCCCGGCCCCGGACCCUCCCCCUGUUCCCCCUUCCCCCGCGCAUUCUCCCCUCAUGCCGCGCCAUCCCCCGGCGCGCAACCUUCCGCCAGCGCACCCUCCGCCAUUGCGCACUCCCCCGAUUUCUCCUCCCCGCGCGCGCCGUUUCCCGCUUCCCCCGGUGCUCCUUCCCCCGACGGCAGUCACAGUCAGGCGGGUGUUUCCUUGGGCAGCAGCACGAGCCAAUCGCCGGGUGCCACGUGGCGGCCCGCGCAGGGGGACGCGUAUCGAAGCAGGAAGCCGACGAGCGCGCUUCGAAGGGCGCAGUUAACAAGCGGCGACGCGGAGCUGCCCUUUCCGCCGCCAGAUGUGGCGGAAGAAGCGGGGAUAGCAAGGGGGAGAAAGAGAACUGGAAAAAGGGGUGUGAAACUGGGAGAAGCGGGGAAGGCGGCGGAUAAAGAGGGGAUAAGAGCGGGAACAGGGGAAGGUAGGAUGGGAGAGCGAAUGGAAGGAGUGGAAGGAGGGGGAGGAGCAGGAGGAGGGGAGGAAGAGGCAGGAGGGGAGGGAAAAGGGAGAGCCGAAGGAGCAGCAGGGAUGCAGUAUCACGGAGCAAUGGCCACGUUAAACAGUGGCACGUCCGGUUCAAAAGAUAUGGAUCCUAAGGAGCAUGGAGCAUGGAGUGAAGCUCUUAGGAACGACGGCUCGUUGCGGCCGACCGAAAGUAAAGAGUCUGCGCGGUUGAGUCAUCGCGGUCAUGGCAAAGGGUCGUUGCAGUUAUCUCAAGGCAAAGGCGAUGGUGACGGCUCUGGGCUGUGGGUGUUUGGACCGUUAGCGGACGGUUCAGAUCGAGCGGCAGUGGACGGUGCAGAUCGAGCAGCAGCGGUCGGGGUGGAUCGAGCCGUGAACGGUGCAGAUCGAGCUGUGGACGGUGCAGAGGCCGUGGACGGUAUGGAUCUUGCGUGGAUCGAAGCUUGUCAAAACGAUUCCCUCGGGGAUUGCCAUGCUGACCAAGCCAUUACCCGUGCUGCCACCGCUGCUCCCGCUGCCGCUGCCACUGGUGCUCCCGCUGCCGCUGCCGCUGCUGGUUCUGCCGGUGCUGCUGUUGCUGCUGGUGCUUCUCCUGCUUCUGCUGCUGGUAAGCUCACCAGGAAGGAACGGGCAACAGCUCGGCUCAUACAGAGUGCAGGACGUGCAUUCGCCGGCCGGCAGAAGAGCGGGCGGCAGGAAAGCGGGCGGCAGGCUUCGGAUGACAUUCGCAGCAUGACAGCUGACGGGCUUUCUGAAAAGGUUCAGAACCAGCAGCAGCAGUUGGUUCGGCCUAGUUCUUCACCCGGCCAUGGGAGCCCUUGCAAUAAUGACAUCGUUAUUGAUUAUGACACUCAUACUAACCUUUUUAUGAAUACCGGAAACAAUUGGGGCAAUUAUGAGGUAGAGGGGGGGCGUGGCGAUGGUAACAGUGGCAUUCUCAAGCUCGGCAGCAGCAGCUUCGCCAGGCUCGGCAGACGGGGCGUUCCUAGGUUCGGUAGCGACAGCCUCUCGAGGUUCGGUACUGGGGGGAGCGGUAGGUUCGGGAAUGGCAGCCUCGGCCGAGGCAGCGGGUUGAAGUUUCAGUGGAGGCUCGGGAAAAUGAGGAGGGCUGGGAGUGUGGGAGGUUUUAUUGAUGCUGGUAGUGUUGGGGAGGAGGGUGUGUUGCUAAAUCGAGGGUGCUUAAAUCGAGAGAGGGGUGGGGAGGUAUUUGUGAGUGAGUGGGUGGAUGUUACACCUGAUGAGUGUAGAGUGAGUGUGGUGAGGGAGGGGAGGAGGAAGAAAGGGAGGAGGAAAGGGAAGGAGGAGGAGGAGGAGGAGGAGGAGGAGGAGGAGGAGGAGGAGGAGGAGGAGGAGGAGGAGGAGGAGGAGGAGGAGGAGUACAAGGGGAAGAGUGAGGAUGGAAGGAAGUGUAAUACAGGGACAGGUGGUUAUAUGGAAGAAUCUUGUAACGUGGAUUCGGUGUGCAGAGAGCAGGAGGAGCAGGAGGGGAAGGAAGGGAAGGAGGGGAAGGAGGGGAGGGAGGGGAAGGAAGGGAAGGGGGGGAAGGAGGGGAGGGAGGGGAAAGAAGGGAAGGAGGGGAAGGAGGGGGGAGAGCGGUGUGUGAAGAAGGCGGCAUGCACUCUCAACUCUCCCCUCCUCCGAAUUCUUGUCUCGCCACGUCAUCAGUUUAGAGAUCAAGAGGAGUUCCCAGGCUGUGACGUGGCACACAGACAGUGGGGAGGGGAAGAGGAGGAAGAGGAAGGGGAGGUGGAAGGAGGAGAGUGGGAGGAGGAGGAGGAGGAGGAGGAGGAGGAGGAGGAGGAGGAGGAGGAGGAGGAGGAGGAGGAAUGUGAGGAGGAAGAAGAAGAGGAGGAAUGCGAGGAGGAGGAUGAUGGAGCUAGCAUGGUGUAUGGUUAUGUUGCUGAUGGUGCUGCUGCUGAUGAUGGGGAGGAGGAGGAGGAGGAAGAGGGGGAGGGCCAGUGGCAAAGGAAGGAAGGGGGGACAGGGGAAGCAGGAGUGAAGAGAGAGGAGGAAGCAGCAGAGGAGGAGCAGGAGGAGGAGGAGGAGGAGGAGGAGGAGGAGGAGGAGGAGGAGGAGGAGGAGGAGGAGGAGGAGGAGGAGGAGGAGGAGGAGGAGGAGGAGGGAGGGGGCGAAGUGGGGAUUGGGGAAGAGGAGAAACCUAUCGGUGCAAAAAGUGGGGAGGAAGCGAAUGCAGUCUCGCCUCAUAUCCUUGCUUCACCUGGCUUUGACGAGAAGAGCAGCGGUCACGAGAGCAAGAGAAACGACUUUCUCUCUCCUCGCGUGCUUGCUUCCCGUGGGUGGGACAGGAAGAGCCGCGGGCACGAGGGAGAGGGGAGGAAGAGAGGGAUGAGGUUUAGGGCCCGGAGUGAUUCGUUGAUCUCGCCCCGUAUUCUUGCUUCCCUGGGUAUGCUGCGCGUGUGUGGGCUUGGUGGGGGGCCUGUGAGGACGCAUAGUGUGGAGGAGGAGGGUGGGGAGGAGGGUGGGAGAGAGGAAGGGGGAGAGGUGAAGGGAGAAGAAAGGACGGAUGAGAAGAGGAGGGAUGAGGAGAGUAGAGAGGAGGAGAGGAGGGAGGCGAAGGAAGAGGAAGCGGGGAGGAAGGCGGAGAGGGCAGGAGAUGCAGAACGUGUUGGUGUGGGGGGUGAGGGAGAAGGAAGAGGGGAGAAGGUGGAACAGGAGGAAGGACUUUUGAGGCGCCUCAAAAGAGGGGAGAAGGUGGAACAGGAGGAAGGUAAAUGGGAGAAGUUAGAGGAAGUGGAAGCAUCAGAGGGGGAUAAUGGUCUUGCAAAUGCAGCGGCUGGUGGUCGUGACUUGGGCGGCAGUGAAAUGGGCGGCAGUGAUUUGGCUGGAAGUGAGUUGGGCGGCAGUGAGAUGAGUUGCACUGAUGGGAGGGGUGGGUGGCUGAGUGGGUUGAGAAAAGGGAUGAUGGGGAGGAGGAGGGAGGAGGGAGAGGGGAGUGUGUGGCUCAGUAAGGUGGCUAGAGGGGCAAGGACUAUGGGGAGGAGGGAGAGGAGCGAGUGGGAGGAGUGUGAAGGGGGAGGGAGCGAUGACGAGAGGGGUUGGAGAGAGAGGGGCAGUGGAAGAAGGGAGGGGGUUAAGGGGUCAGCGGAAGGGGCAGGGACAAGGUCAGGGGCAAGGGGGGGGAUCGAAGGGGACGGGGCAGACGGGGGAAGUAAUGGGGAAGGGCGAGUGUUGAGAAGAGCAAACACGACAGGUGAUCACAGGCGGGUGCAUUGUGUGCAGGAGAGGAACGGGAAGGUGGGCUUUGAUCUGCCUGAAACAAGCAGUGCAGGACAGCACAUUCGGGGAGAGAGGGGCGGGAGGGGAGAGAGAGGAGAGCGGGGAGAGAGGGACAUGGGUGGAGAGGAGCGAGGGAGCAGGAGACUGCAGAGGAGGGGGAGUUGUGGGGAGGUUGAAAUGCAGAGAGGAAAGGGAGGAGGGUCAGAGGAAAGGCGAGAGAGGGAAGGGGUGAGAGAGAAGGGGGGAAGCAGGAGGCUGCAGAGGAGGGGGAGUUGUGGGGAUGUUGAAAUGUGGAGGGAUGGAAGGGAAGGUACAGAGGAAAGGCGAGGGUUCAGCAGGAGGUUACAGAGGAGGAGUAGCUGUGGGGAGGUUGAAAUGCGGGAUGGAAGGGAUGGAAGGGAUGGAAGGGAAGGUACAGAGGAAAGACCAGGGAGUGGCAGGAGGCUGCAGAGGAGGGGUAGCUGUGGGGAGGUUGAAAUGCGGAGUGAGGGCAAGUGGAAUGAAUUAGAGCAAGGAGUGGCUAAGGUAGGGGCCCCCUCUGGUGUGAGUAGAGCGCAGGUGCUCGCUCGAGCAGAGAGCUUAAGAGUGAUGCUUAGGGGUGAACGGCCUGGUUCUGCUAUUUCUGCUGGGAAUGGGACCAGGGCGAACGAGCUUGGACGAGCAGAGAGCUUAAGAGUGACACUUAGGGGUGAACGGCCUGGUUCUGCUCUUGCUGCUGGGAAUGGGGGCAGGUCAAAUGGGCUUGGACGAGUGGAGAGCCUAAGAGUGACACUUAGAAGUGCGCGACCUGCUUCUGCUGGGGUGGUGGAGACGAGGGUAGUUGAUACUGGAGAGAAAGAGGGGAGAGGGGAAGCAGGGGCAUGUGUCAGGAGGGCAUCUCUUACAGACCUGAACAGUGGAAGCGAAGGCACCUGCUAUGAUUUAGUUACGGGGGAAGAGGGCGAGUGGUUGAAGGGAGAGUGGGAAGAGGAGGAAGAGUGGUUGAAGGGAGAGUGGGAAGAGGAGGAAGAGUGGGAAGACGAGGAAGAGUGGUUGAAGGGAGAGUGUGAGGAGGAGGGAGAGUGGGAAGAGGAGGAAGAGUGGGGAGAGGGAGAGGGUGUUAUAGGGGAUGAUGGUGCAACAGUUAAACAGCUUAUAUCGGAUACUGCCACAUCAACUCCCCCUGCUCCUCCCCCUGCUCCUCUCCUUUCUCCUCCCGGUUUUCCCGCUUCUGCAUCUUUUUCGCGUGUCCACAACCCCAGUCCCCGAGCCUUUAAUCCCCACAUGCUCAGGAGACCUCUACUCUCUGAUACUGCCACGGCUACUCUUCCUGCCAUUCUUCCUGCUGCUCCCCCUGCUGCUCCCCCUGCUGCUCCCCCUGCUGCUCCCCCUGCUGCUCCCCCUGCUCCCAACGUGCGACAGCAGCAGGGACCUCUACUGGCUGAUACCUCCGCAACUGCUCCCCCUGCCAUUUCUCCUUCCGCCCAUCUCCCUCUAGGUCAGCCCCCUUUGUCCCUGCGACCCCGCCCCCGGGUUCUCCGGAAAGUGGCAUCUCUGGGUGCGGUGCAGAGGGUUUCGGAUGACUUCUGUGCGGUGCAAAGCGCAUCCCAUGACCUGAAUGCCUACAGGUUUGGUGACCUGUAUGCUGCACCUGCUGCACUGCACACACCUCCUUCGGAUCCAACUGCUUCUGCUACUUCUCCUGCAGUGCAUGCGCCUGCCUCUGCCUCUGCUACCAGCAAUGUUACCAGCGGCAGCAGGCGAAUUGCUGUUACCACGGGCACCCUUGACGUCAGCAGCGUUCGUAACAGCCUUGUUGUGCGAGCCCUAGCCUCGCCUCGAGUGCGCUCUGCCUCAAAUAAUACCAGCAGUGUUCCCACCAGCAAUGCGACUACCAGCAGCAAUGCUGCCAGCGGCAAUGCUGCCAGCAGCAGCAGGCGAAUCGAUGUCACUAGCGCCACCGUUGAUAUUACCGGCGUUCGCAACAGCCUGGUUGUGCGAGCCCUGGCCUCGCCUCGAGUGCGCUCUGCUUCUGUUGCCAGCGAUGCUACCAGCAAUGCCAGCACCAGCAAUGUUAGCACCAGCAGUGCUACUGGCGGCACCGUUGAUCGUACUGGCAUUCGCAACAGCCUGGUUGUGCGAGCGCUGGCCUCGCCUCGAGUGCGGUCGGCUGUUGCCAGGUCAGCAAAGCAGUGGGAGCAGGAUGAACAGUACCAGAGCCAUUUUGAACAGUACCAAUCUUGUGAUUUUGAACAGUACCGGGGCAAUCAUGAACAGUACCAGGGUCAUCAUGAACAGUACCAGGGUCAUCAUGAACAGUACCAGGGUCAUCAUGAACAGUACCAGGGUCAUCAUGAACAGUACCCGGGUCAUCAUGAACAGUACCAGGGAUAUCAUGAGCCAUGGGUAGACGUGAACAGUCCGCACCUGCCCAGCCUAUUGGAGCUAGACGGGGAGGGGGAUGAGGGGGAGAGGGGGAGAGGAGACAAGGGGGCAGGGGAGAGGGUGAGAAGGGGCAAGGGGGCAGGGGAGAAGGUGCGUCGGAAGGAGCGCGAGCAGCAGCAGCCGCAGCAGCCGCAGCAGCAGCAGCAGCAGCAGCAGCAGCAGCAGCAGCAGCAGCGGCGGCAGCAGCGGCAGCAGUCGCCCCGGUUGCAGCAACACAGCAGCUUCAAUGCCUGUCAAACCCUCUUCUCACCGUCAUCCCUUCCCUCCAUUCCCUCUGAUCCCUCCUUCCCCUCUGAUCCUUCCCUUCCCUCUGACCCUGCUGCAUCCCCGAAUGGCUCGGGCUUGUUUCAGCCUGUUCCCAAGGCUUGUCCCGGACCUGUGGCCGAGCCUGGGCACAAGCGGCGGGUGUCUUUCAACUCGAUGGUGCAGGUUCGGACGAUCACCGAACUUAGCAGCAGCAAUGGCAAACAGGGGGAGCGUAAGAGUUCGGAUGCUAUGGUGUGUAGGGAUGCAGUGGGCACUGGGGCAGAAGCAACAGCGAAUGGGAAUGGAGGAGCACGAGCAGGAAUGGCAGAAGUAGCUGCAGGACUAGGAAAAUGA